CGCAAGUUAAUAAUCCCUAUAUGAAGAACUCUAUUUGCAUAAACCGAUAGAGUACUUUUGUGGGACUAAUAAAGUACCACUACCACCGGAUUGCCUUACCAAAAGAACUCAAAACAAUUGGUGUAUCCACACAAACACGUUCUUAUCCACCCAUUUCAGACUCUCCAGAGCUCAAGAAUCACAAAAAAUGGCGACCGUAGCAUUCUCAGGAUCUCGAAUCGCCCUCAACCCUCAUAAACACCACCCUCAGCCCUACUCCCCCUUCACUUAUCGCGCCACUUCCGGAGAUUCCCCUCCCGAUACCGAAGAAACAAACGCCCAGACAACCUCCGAACCGGACGACUUCGAUUCCCGGCUCUCCAAGAUCAGUAUCCGUUACCGCAGCGGAUUGGGCAAGAAAGCAGAGCGCAGAAAAGCUCGAAAAGGAAAGACGAGUGAAGCGUCGGAUUCGGGAUCCGGAAUGUACCUCCCGCCGGUUCCUCUCCAAGAUCCGGUAUCUGAAGGGCUUAAAGUGGAAUUCGGGUUCACCCGGUAUUCGGAACGGGUCAACGGCCGGGUUGCAAUUCUGGGAAUCACCGCCCUGUUGUUGGUGGAACUGGCAACCGGUCGGAGUGUGAUAAAGUAUCAUACGCCGGCGAUUGUAUUACUUCAGGUAUACUUUGUGGCGGCCGCCGCCGCCGUGUAUGCUAAGUACGAGAAGGAAAAAGGUAGUGUCUGGCCUGGCUCACCGCCAACAAAGAAUUGAGAAAUGAGAAUUGCUUCCGGUUUAUUCCUCAAUUAUUGUGAUAAUCAUAUUUAUUGUUUCUGUUUCUGAUUUACAAUUUACAAGGUGUGAAAUGUUAGGGCAUAUCCGCUGAUAAUGUUGUACCACGUGUGUAUUAUAAGGUGACAUUGACCAAGACGAUUUGAUCCGAAUAAAGGGUUUCGAAAUUCUGAUUCAUUUUAUGCAAAGUACUACCUCGUUAUUUAUUUAACUUCCUGAUUUGACUUAAUACAUACUCCUUAUAAAGGAAAAACAUUUAUGGAGGGGUAAAUUUUACGGUAGACUACACUGUUUGACACUGUUUGACACUGUUGUGUACUGUUUUGACAUUGUUUUUGUAUAAAUUUGUUUGCUAAAUAAGGAAUUGUGAACUUGUUUGGGACAUCCAAAAAAGGGAAGUGAAUUAAAUAUGGAACGGACGGAGUAUUAUUUUGUUCGCCCCAGGUUGCGACUUCAAAUGUUGAUUUUGGACUUCUACAAAUUUGUAAACAUUUGUGUACACACUCCCUAGUUACCUGUAUAGUGUGUACACUGACAUGUUGUUCAAAAGCUUAUGUGUACACAGACAUUUGGACAGUGUGUACAACAAAUGUGUAUAAAAAAUGAGUACAAGUAGCACUCAUCAACAUUCUAUCACUAUCUAUACAUUACGCAUCACAAGUCACUUUUUAACUAAUCUAUAGAAAGUGUUAAUGAGUUCCCAACAAGAAGCAAACUCAUGUAAUGAGAUG